CAUCAAGCCGCGCAAGCAUGGACACGUCUGCCUCAAGCAGCAGUGGCAGCAACGGCGCCGCCGCCGCACACGCCGCCUCCGCGCGCGUGCACCAUCUGCCCGGCCAUCCGCUGCCCUUCCUGGCGUCCGGCGGCCCGCUGUGCUGCUCCGGCGCCGACGAGGGCGGGCGCGUGGAUCUCUUUGCGCGCUCGCUGCGCCGCCCGCUGCUGCUCUUUCUGCACCCACAUGUGCAAGCGACGGGCGACUGUGCGGCAGCGCAGCACCUGCGCGCCGUCGCCGCCGCUCGUCCCGCAUGGCUGCGUGCCGAGCCGCAGCUCGAGGUCUUCGGCGUCAGCACGCAGCCCGAGCAGUCGCUGCGCACCGCCGCUGCCGCGCUGCGCCUACCGUACGCGCUGCUCAGCGACGCCGAGGAGCGGGCCUUUGUCGCGCCGCUCGAGCUGCCGUGCGAUGCUGGCGGCCAGCUGAGCAGCGUGACGCUGCUGCUGCGCGACGGCCAGGUCACACGUGUCGACCUGCCCGAGCUGGAGGCGCAGGCCGAGGCGCUGCAGCGCCGCACGCUGGCGCUGCUCAAGCCCGAUGCGCCGCCAGAACAGACGCAAUAGACAGAAUGAAGGAAUGGACCUGCCAGAC